AUGCCUGGAAAAGUGAAUCUCUCAGAGCUUGACUCUGGAACCUUGCAUUCCCUCCACCAUACCAAGAACAAGACUGGGACGGCGGUCGACAUCCAUCAGCAGCACUGGAACCAAACUGUCGGAUCAACGCUAAGGAGAUUCCUGGCCAGUGCCGGGUAUGACUCUCAAAGUCAAUCCCGCAUCCUGGACCAGUUCUCGAACCUUGUCGCCCCAUUUCUCGGUUCGUCCCCCGUGCGGGGAGAGCCAAUAUGGAAGAGCUUCAUGACAGACAACAACUGUCCAGUGGAGCUGAGCUGGGACUUUCAUACCGGUAACAGCCAGCCAACAAUACGAUAUUCUAUAGAGCCCAUCGGUCUUGAGGCAGGGACAGCGACAGAUCUACACAACGAAGAAGCUGCGGCAAAGUUCGUACGAAAAGCAACACGGGCUUUCCCUGAUAUCGAUAUAGCCCUCUUCAAUCACUUUUAUGAGUACUUCAAUGGACGGUGGAACGCCGAUCGGCCAGAGGGUCACCGAAGCACCAUGUUCUGGGCAUUCGACUUGAAGGAGUCCGUAACCACGAACAAGGCCUAUUUCUUCCCAGGGCUUAUCGCCCACGCAAUGGACAAGUCAACGCUUGAAGUCAUGGCGGAUUCCAUUACUUCUGCUCCAGGAUGUCGACCACAAAACAUCAGCUCUUUCGCAAGCUUUUCGAAAUUCAUCCAUGAGCGCCAGCACUUGGGCUUCGAGAUGGAUAUGCUGGCAUUGGACUUGGUUCCCGUCGAGGAGUCAAGACUGAAGAUCUACUUUAGAAUAAGGCGAACAGAUUUCCGGUCAGUGACCGAGAUGAUGUCACUGGGAGGCAGGAUACAUGGCCAAGAAUUCGACGUUGGCAUGAGAAAUCUGAGAAAUCUCUGGGACAUGCUGUUAGGAACGAGUGGAGUACCUGAUGAUAUUCCUCUACCGCACAAUAACCAUCGGACAUCCGGGAUACUCUACAAUGUCGAGUUCCGCACGAACAGCACGACACCAAAGGUCAAGAUCUAUAUACCAGUCCGACACUACGCCAAGAAUGACUCACAGAUCAUUGAGGCCCUGGGAGACUUUCUGACAGAUCAGACUAGCAAGCUGCCUGAUCUUGCGAUCGAUUCGGCUUGGGCCAAGAGAUAUGCAAAUUGCUUGGACAGUAUUUUCGGAGAAGAGAAACUGUCGAAUGGUCUAGGUGUUCAUACCUACAUCGGUUGUUCCAUACAGACCAAGGGCGACCUUCGUAUUGUGGCCUAUGUCAACCCUCAGCAAUAA